GUAAUGCGCUCAAAACACCCGGAAGACCCGAGAUGAACUUUCACUUUAAUGUACCGUUAGAUCUGUUCUGGGCGCUCGACUGAAAUAUAAUGGACAGAAAUAGCUAAUACGCUAUCUUAAAUCAUGUUCUGUAUAGACAAAGGAAUAUUUUUGCUUAUAUUUUUAUGGUUUUACCCUUUUCUUAGCGAUGCACAGGAAGAGAAACACUUCCUGCACUACAAGUUUACAGCUCUUUCCAAAGCAGACACAUUCCCAGAGUUCAGUGCUGAGGGUGUGUGUGAUGACAGACAGAUCAAACACUACAAUAAUGAAGAAAGAGUCUGGAUUCUGACUGAAGAUGACUGGACUGAACCUCCUGAAGAUCCACCUGAUUCUAGAGACUGGUUCAAUCAUCAGAUCAGGACUCUGACAAACUGCACAAACUCACAGUGUUCUGAGCUUCAUGUUCUUCAGAGAAUAAUUGGCUGUGAACUGGAGAAACUUCCUGAUGGAACAGUGAAUCUGACUGUCUUUGAUGAAUAUGGAUUUGAUGGAGAGGAUUUUAUAUCCUUUAAUUCUGAAACUAUGAAGUGGAUUGAUAAAAGCCCCAAAGCCAAAGAAACUAAAGAGAAAUGGGAUCAUCAAACAGAACGAAACCAGUUCAUCAAGGAUUUCCACAAGAACUGCAUUGACUGGAUCUCAACAUUUAACAACACAAAAAUGAGUUCUCCAGAUGUUCGUGUCUCUGUGAGGAAAGCUCCUGAUGAUGACAGUAAGCUGGUUCUGACGUGUCUGGCCACUGGUUUCUACCCCAGAGAUGUUCAGAUGAACAUUAGAUUGAACAGAAAUAUCCUUGAGGAUCAAACAUCUUCUGGAAUCAGACCAAAUGAUGAUGAAACCUUUCAGAUGAGAAACAGUGUGAAGAUCGACAGAAACCAUGAAGGACCUUAUGAUUGUCUGGUCAAUCACAGCAGUCUGACUGAACCAGUUUCAGUAAAAUGGGAUGGAAAUUGUGCCGACUGUGAAACCGAAUCUCAGAAUCACACUUUGAUAUUAGUAGUAGCUUUAAUUCUAGUUGUAGCUCUAGCUCUAUCUCUAGCUCUAGCUCUCACUGUGUGUAUUUGGUGGCUCUGCAUAAGGAAUAGUUCAAAAGGUAAGAUAAGAAGAUAUUGAACAUCAGAGCUGAGCAUGAUCCUUAUUUCACAGAGCGAGGCCAGUGGCGUGAGGGAUAAUGAGCUUGAUUGAUGAUUUAUAGAGGAGAAUAAAUCAUCAUCUCCACACACAGAUAUCUCCACAUCACAGUCACAUGAUCCAGACCUCUAUACUCCAGUGUUUUCAUCAAGAGCUCAGUGCUGGUGGAUUUACAUAUGAACAGAUUGUGGUUUAUAGGUUCUGAUUAUAAAUGCUAUUUAUAAAUGCUAUAUUUGUCUUAUUUCUCUGGGAUGGUACAGAAUAAAAUUGCUGGACAAUGUUAUCCUGA